GGUCGAUUGCAUCCCGAGCCGCUCCACUCCUCUACUGGCAGACGACUCGCAAACCCUAACCCCGCCCAGACCCCUCCCAUGGCAGACGUCAUAGACCCCGGCUCCGAGGCUCCCCGGGCGCGCCGUCCGCCGCCUCCGCCGCCCGACAGCCCAGAGGACCGCUCGCUGCCGAUUCCCCCACCACCGCCCCCCGGCGGCCCACCGCCCACCCGUAAGCGGAGCCGCUCGCCGCCACGCCCCUCCCUCCCCCCGCCGCCGCCACUCGGCUCUUCGCGUCCCGAGCGCUACCGCGACCGAGACCGCGACAACAACCGCGGCGGGCGUGGCGGGGGCAGCACCAGCCCUCCGCCGCGCCGCCGCCACUCGCCGUCCAGGAGGUCCCCGUCGCCGCCGUUCAAGCGGUCGCGGAGGGACGACGGAUACGACCGCCGAGGCCGCGGCAGCCCACCACGGUACGACCGUGGCGGAGGCAGAGGUGGGUACGGCAAUGACCGGUACCAUGGCAGGCAUCCGAAUCGUGCUUCAGAUUGGCCUGAUUCAGGAUUUGGGGCAUCAAAUGAUGGUCCUGGGAUCACAAGGGAAGGCUUGAUGACAUACAAACAGUUCAUCCAAGUUCUUGAGGAUGAUAUAUCACCAGCUGAAGCUGAGAGCCGGUACCAAGAAUACAAGACAGAGUACAUCACUACCCAGAAACGUGCUUAUUUUGAUCUCCACAAAAAUGAAGACUGGUUGAAAGACAAGUACCAUCCAACCAACUUAUUAUCUGUCAUUGAAAGGAGGAAUGAACGUUGUAAGGUAGUUGCGAAGGACUUCUUUCUUGAUUUGCAAAAUGGAACCCUUGACCUUGGUCCUGGAAUAACUGCUGCUGCACCAAGUAAAUCAGAAAAUGGCAGCGAUGUAAACUCUGAAGAUGAUGGAGAUGGUGACAAAAGAAGAAAGCACAUCAGGGGUUCCUCAAAAGAAAAAGAUCCUCUUUCUGCUGCUCCCAAGGCUCAUCCAGUUAGCUCUGAACCUCGACGAAUUCAAACUGACAUAGAACAAACUUUAGGCCUGGUGCGUAGGCUGGACACCGAGAAGGGUAUUCUGGGGAAUAUCCUGUCAAGUGGUGAUCAUGAGAAGUCAGAUGUAGACAAAUCACAUAUUGGAUCAAUGGGCCCUAUAAUUAUAAUUCGAGGCUUAACGACUGUCAAGGGCCUUGAAGGCGUUGAGCUCCUUGAUACUCUUCUUACCUAUUUAUGGCGUGUUCAUGGAGUUGAUUACUAUGGCAUGUCUGAAACGAAUGAGGCGAAAGGCCCUCGUCAUGUGAGAGCAGAUAGCAAGAAUUCUAGUACAAUUAAUGUCAAUGCUGUUGAUUGGGAGAAGAAGCUGGAUACAUUCUGGCAGGAAAGGUUGAGUGGUCAAGAUCCCAUGGUUAUAUUAACAGCCAAGGACAAAAUUGAUGCGGCAGCUGCUGAAGUUUUAGAACCUCAUGUCAGGAAAAUAAGGGAUGAAAAGUAUGGAUGGAAAUAUGGAUGUGGAGCCAAGGGCUGUACGAAACUUUUCCACGCUCCUGAGUUUGUUUACAAGCAUUUGAGGCUCAAGCAUCCAGAGCUGGUGUUAGAAGUUACUUCAAAAGUCCGAGAGGAUCUUUAUUUCCAAAACUACAUGAAUGACCCUAAUGCACCAGGUGGAACACCAGUUAUGCAGCAGUCUGCACCAGACAAAUCAAGGCGUGGUAUGGACAGUCGUCUGAGAUAUGACCGUACCAAUCGCAGAGAUUAUGAUAGGGCAGAUAGAGAUGGAGGCAGAUAUGGUCGAGGUGAUGGCUCUCCAAACCGUGAUGGACCUGAUGAUCAGAUGUUUGAUGCCUUCCGUGGACGAGGCUCCAAUGCUCCUUUCGGUUCUGAAUUCCCUGCUCCGCCAAUAUUGAUGCCUGUUCCUGGUGCUGGUCCACUGGGACCAUUUGUUCCUGCGCCUCCAGAAAUAGCCAUGCAUAUGCUGAGAGAGCAAGGACCUCCUCCAUUUGAACCAAACGGUGCACCCCAUGGCAACCCACAAGUGCUUGGACAAAUGAUGGGCGGAGGUCCAGCACCAAUUAUAGCCAUGCCACCAUCUUUUCAUCAUGAUCCUCGUCGUUUGCGAAGCUAUAAUGACCUUGAUGCCCCUGAUGAGGAAGUUACUGUUCUUGACUACAGAAGUUUGUAGGCAUUAUUCAUCUACACAAGCAAUCUUGCCAAGUGUAGCAUCUCCAUAUGUCUUGAGGUUUGCAGUCCUCCCGGUAGACAAGGAGGAUGUGUUCUUAUAGAGGCGUAUGAGGAACUGCCAUGGUUUAGAAGAGCAAUUUUUUAGGUCUCCUGUAUUGUGUCAAAAGUUUUUAUUUUAGCUUAAAAGGCAGGAACUUAUGAUUUGCUCAUGUGUGUUGCAUUGUGCGCUAUGCAGUCACGAGAAAAGUAUUGAAGAACUAUUUGAUUUUUGGGUCGGUAUUUAACCGAUGUUGUAUUUCUUACCGCAGCACCUUUACUGAUACACUGGAAUCAAAUAAACCAUUAUUGCUGUGGUUUCGUUCUAUGUGCAGUCAUGUCUGAGCUGUACUCUUCACAUUCAGGUGAAUAAAGACCAUUCGUCCUUUAA